AUGGCUUCGUCUCGACCGUUGGAUCGCAUCGGCCUUCCGCAGCCGCUGAUCAACCGGUUCUUCGCGCGAGGCUUGACUACUGCCCAGCAAGUCCUUUCGUUGACCGCCGUUGACCUCAUGGAAGUGCUUGACUGCGACGGCGCGACCGUGCGCGUCGCCAUGAUAGCCGUCUCGCGCGCCGCCUGCCCGCCGUCCUGCACCGUCGCCGACAUCGCCGCGGCCGGCGGAACUGGUCAUCUGCGCCUCGACCUCCCUGCGCUCGACGCCGCGCUCGCCGGCGGGUUACCCUGCGGCGCAAUCACGGAAAUCGCGGGCCCGGCGGGCGCGGGGAAGACGCAGAUGUGCAUGCAGGCGGCGGUCAUGGCGACGCUGCCCGCAUCUGCCGGCGGGUUUAACGCGUCCGUGGUGUAUUUCGACACUGAGAGGCGGUUCAGCCCGAAGCGCGUGGCGGAGAUUGCGGUGAAUCGGAUCCCUGCCUUCUUCUCGUCCCACAUGGCCAUGGAACAGCUCCUAUCGCGCAUCCUUUUAGUGCAGCCCGUGUCCUCAGCAGAACUCUUGGAUAGAAUAGCCAAUCUGCACACGUCGCUGGCAGGCAACAGCACGCGGCUCAUAAUCAUCGACAGCAUUGCUGCGCUCGUGCGCAUUGACUUUGGAGCGGAUAAUCUCAUUCAGCGACAGCAGCUGCUUUCUCAUCAAGCCUCAAAGCUCAAGUACCUGGCCGAGAGCUUCUGUCUGCCUGUGCUCGUCACGAAUCACGUUGCUGCAGCGUCCUCCUCCUCUUCCUCGCGCUCUGCCGGCUUGCCCGCACCAAAUGAGAUGGACGGCAGGAGAGCAGCGCUGGGUGCCAAGUGGUCUCACUGUGUCAACGUGCGCCUGCUGCUCUCCACCGUCACCCAUGCUUCUGGCUCCCAUCGUGUCUUGCACAUUGCGAAAGCACCCAUGGCGCCUCAAAUCUCGUUCCCGUUCACCAUCACCAACAGUGGCCUCCAGCUUUUGUGA